GCGGCGGUGUUUUGUUUACUAGAGGAAUGUAGUCGCGGAAAUAAAGCUGGUUUGAAGGAGAUCGUGUAAACAAACCUCAGAUUGUUGUUAACUUCUCUUAAACAGACAGUCUGUGCUGAUUAAAUCUCACACGUGCUGAAACCUGAAGAUUGAGCUUAUUAAAUGAUCUUUUUUUAGUCUCUGGGGUCCCUCGUGUUAGACGAUGCUGUGUGUUUAUGGAUAUGAGCAUCAUGUACACGGGUAUUUAUUAUAGAGAUUUAUUCACCAAGAGGAGCUUCAGAGCAACGAGCUUAAGCGAUGGUGGUGUCUUUGGUGUGCCUGUGUGCGCGGGAGGUGGUCAGUGAUCACGGUUUAUCGGCCGCGUGGCUGAGCAGUGUGCCGCGAGAGCUGUACAAGCCGCUGCUGGACGCGGCGCUCUCUCAGUGUCGCCCGCUGGCCAUCGGGGAGCUGGUGCAGCGCUGGCCUGAGCGCACCCUCAGCAUUCGGGGACGGAGUAAAUGUGACCAUGAGCCACCGAACCGCCUGUGUGUCCAGGCCCUGCUGCUGGCCGUGGUCAGGGGCUUGACAGAUCAGAGGUGUUGCCUGCAGGUUCUGGAACUUUGUGGUCUGCAGUGCGAGGAUGGUCGCUCGGAGGACGUCAUGGGCGGCUGGUCCCUCACCGUGGCUUUGUGCUCAACGCUGCUCCAGGCGCGAAACAUCACCGCUGCCUCCCGGAGCAGACGAGACGACCGAGAGAAGAAAAAGAGAGGGAUGGAGGCAGAGAGUGAGCGAGAUGGUGCGGUAAAACGAGACCGAGCCGGACUGAAGAAGAAGGAGGAUAGGGAGAAGAUGGAUUGCGGGGGUAACACAGUGCCGGAACGAGGGAUUAAGACUCCAGCAGAGGAGAACGUAAAGGGUGUGAGGAGGAGGAUGGAGCUUCAAAGGAGAAGCGGAGCUCAGCCGCAGGAGAUUCCCAGCCGAGAGGAAGUCCUGGUGGAUGUCAGGGCCGAUCUCUUUGUGAACGCGCGGUCCUGGGAGCGUGUCCGCAGCACGCUAAAACUCUCCGGCCCUCUUCGGCUUCACUGCCGCUUCCUACGUGUGGAAGAGCUGCCUGCGUCCUCCAUCGCCUCCCUGCUGCACCUGCUGCCCCAGGACGAGCUCCUCGGUGUGGACCUGCGCUACUCCAGCCUGGGCGUGUCGGGGUUAGCUCAGUUGCUGCCACACUUGGCUCCGUUUCCUCGACUCAGCUCGCUCCGGCUGCACUACUGCAACCUGGACAUGCAGCGCGUUCGGCCUGGCCAACAGGAGGCACUGCAGGAAGUGUCCCGAGGGCUCGGAGGGCUGAAGAGGCUGCGCAGGCUGAGUCUCACCGCUCUGCGUCUGCCAGGACACCUGCGUCUGCUGCUCAGUUCUCUGUCAGAGCCUCUGGAGGCGCUGGAGCUGCCGUACCUCAGCCUGACGUCUGGGGAUUUGGCGUACCUCUCGCACAGCCCUCACGCGUCGUCCCUGACUGAGCUGGACCUGAGUGAGAACAGGCUGGACGAGUCGUCUCUGCACUCCCUGCGCCAUCUCCUCGCCCAGGCGGAGCGCUGCCUGACGCGCCUCUCUCUGUGCGGCUGCGGACUCUCAGACGGCCCCCUGGGGCAGCUGCUUCCUGCACUGGGGCAAUGCCAUGCCCUCCGCAGCCUCCGUUUGGCGCUGAAUCCUCUCUCCAGGGCGGCGGUGGUGGAGUUGGCACACGCCGCGGCUGGCAUCCGCUCCCUGAGGCUUCUCCUCUACCCAAACCCACUGGAGGAGUACGAGCCCGGACUGCCCCCUCUACCGUCCAGCACACAGCUCCUCGACUGGCCUCUUAUGGAAGAGUCGGAGGUCAAAGAGGUCAUGCUGAUGCAGCUGGACGAGGUUUUGAGAGCCAAAGGGCGCACGCAGGACCUCUUACUAACCUCUGACUUGAUGAAAUACAGCACUGACCUAGCAAUGGACGAUUGAUGGGAUCUUGUUUUGACCUGGAGCUAUGUAGCUAUGUAGCUAACAAGUGGUGGAAGCUUAUAGCCAUCAGCACCGUGAUUCAGGCACAAAGCUUCAGAGGUGUGGCCUGUGUGUGUGUCAGUAUGACUGAAGGAGGUGUGGCCUCUGUGUGUGUCGGUCUCAUUGAAGGAGGUGUGGCCUCUGUGUGUCAGUCUCACUGAAGGAGGUGUGGCCUCUUUGUGUGUCAGUCUCACUGAAGGAGGUGUGGGCUCUUUGUGUGUCAGUCUCAUUGAAGGAGGUGUGGCCUCUGUGUGUCGGUCCCACUAAAUGAGGCAUGUCCUCACACAGCUAAGCUAACACAAAAAAUAUGUUUUGCGCUAAAAUGCUAAAACCCUCACUCACAUCACAUAAUAUUGUUCUGUCUCGUUUCCCGGUCACUGCACUUGAUCGUUAGCAUAGACAUGGCGGGAUUACACGGUAAAUCACUAGCUAACUAGUUAACAUCCGCAUUACCCUCUUGCCUAGCAACCAAGCAACAACAUGAAUGCUAAUUGCAUUGAGUAUUGUUAGUGUACAUUAAACAGCAUUUAAAGGACUUUUUUUAUAUUUAAUUGGUGAUUAGUCCCAGAACGCUCAGGACUGUUUUUUCACUCAAAAGUUGAAUAUAAGUUAAAAAAAAUGAAUGUAAAUUUAGACAAACCGCUGUCACAAUCACAGGAGACUGUAGUCAAGGUUUCCUAUGAAUUUUUUUUGGUGCUAACGUCAGGACGAUUAGCCUCAGCACUAAAGCUGCUGUACCUCACACACCUUCCUGAUAUGGAGGCAUGAUAUCAGAAUCACACUGACUAAUCACUGAGCCUGUUACCUCACAGAUCUCUGACUGAGUUUGUGUAAUGUGAUCACGUUGUGUAUAUUAUGUGUAGAGUUUUAGCACAAUCACAUACUGUUUAUAUGAGUUUCUAUGCUUAAGUGUGGACUGGAGCUUCUGUUCACCACAAAGGACUUCUAUUCUGUAAUUCUGCUUUUCAAUAAAUACAAUCCAAAGGGUUUUAUAUAUGAAAGUC